AUGGAGAAUUAUCCGGAAACUCGGUUUCUUCCCGGAAAUGCAAUGAUCCACAUGAAUCCUACCGUUUCUUACUCGGAGGAAUUAGCCGGUAGACAAAGAACCGAGGCUAACAAUGUCUCAUCUCCACAAGAGAGGCAAGUAUUGUCCAGAUUUGGCGGAAUUUCGCAAAUGCAGGACAUUCAAGAUUUCGGUUCUUGGAGAGAUCAAACCAGUGACCGGAACGGUUUCCACCAACCAAUGAGCGCAAUGGCAGGCGCUACGGGAGUUCAUCAGACCGGUCAGGGAUUGUCCCUUAGCCUCGGUUCACAGAUUCCCGCUGGAAUUCAUCAAAUGAACCAUCAAAGUAUGGCGCCAAGAGCCGAGCAUUUUAGAGGCAAUGAGUACGCAACGCAGAGCUUUCCGGGAGGGAAUCAGAACAUGGAUGUUGUUGUGAGAACAAUCCCCAACUCAAAGUAUCUCAAGGCGGCUCAACAGAUACUAGACGAGGCUGUUAAUGUAAGAAAAGCUCUGAAGCAGUUUCAGGCAGAGGGAGAUAAGAACAGUGAGAACCCUCAAGAACCGGAUCAGAACCCGAGCACGAAUUCUCCCGCUGAAAUCUCUCAAUCGGAGAGACAAGAAAUGCAGAGCAAGUUGACAAAACUCUUGUCAAUGUUGGAUGAGGUGGAUAGAAGAUAUAAGCAAUAUUACCAGCAGAUGCAGAUAGUUGUAUCCUCCUUCGACGUGAUAGCAGGUUAUGGAGCCGCUAAGCCAUACACAGCACUCGCUCUUCAAACCAUUUCGCGCCAUUUCCGUAGCCUAAGAGAUGCGAUAUCCGGACAAAUCCUAGCGACAAGAAAAUGCCUCGGGGAACAAGAUGGAUCAGAUGGGAACAGAGUUGGGAUAAUAAGCAGGCUUAAGUACGUUGACCAACAUUUAAGACAACAGAGAGGUUUCAUGCAGCCUCAGGCUUGGAGGCCUCAACGCGGUCUACCUGAAAACUCUGUUUUGAUCCUCCGUGCUUGGCUCUUUGAGCAUUUUCUUCACCCUUACCCGAAGGAUUGCGACAAGAUCAUGCUAGCAAGACAAACAGGGCUGAGCCGUGGUCAGGUUUCGAACUGGUUUAUAAAUGCGCGUGUGCGUUUAUGGAAGCCGAUGGUGGAGGAAAUAUAUAAGGAGGAAUUCACUGAGAAUGAUUCCAACUCUUCCUCUGAAAAUACACCAAAGGUGUCUGAGAUUGGACCUGCUGCUGCUGCUGAUGAUCAAGAUCGAGCUCUAGAGCUUUCACAAGACCGGACCAAACCGGACCAUGGACAUGGAUAUGGUGUGGAGGCUUGUGGCAUGGUCCAGGGCGAUGAAAUGGAUGGUGGCCGGUUCGUGUCGACGGUUGAGCCUACGUAUCAUGUGGCUGAGAUGUCAAGAUUUGGAGGUGGUGGUGUGUCUUUGACUCUAGGGCUUCAAAACUCUCAAAGACAUGAUGCUAAUGUUGUGGCUAUGUCUAGUGAGGCGUAUAAUAGCUUUUCCGAGGUGGAUAAUUACGAGAAUGCCAUCCCGGGAGCUGAAUUGGAGUAUGUAAACCCUGGGAGUCGCCAGAACCGGAUGCAUUCUUCAGAAUUGGUACAUGAUUUUGUAGCUUGA